AGCAUCAGCAUCAUCAGAUGCGCGCAGAUCACGCCAAACAGCGCACUGGUUUAUCAGCAGGUGUGUGACUGAAACAGAAGAUAAUCGACACCAAUACAUCGCCACCUAUGUGUACUCUUUAUAUCUGACUCUCAUUUCUUUGGAUCACCGAUUGGACUGUUUUGAUGGUUUGAUUCCCAGCGGGCGUCAGCAGUCAGUGUGGCCGAAGAGGAGAGAGAAUAAAGCGAGAUCAUAUUUAAUAUCCUCUUCUCCAGUGUAUGUGGAUGGGCUGCGGACAUCUGCAUCUGCAGUCUCUGUUUUUGAGUCACUAAGAAGAUGGCGGACAGAGCAGAGAUGUUUUCUCUCUCCACCUUCCACUCCCUCUCUCCUCCGGGAUGCAGGCCGGCUCAUGACAUCAGUCUGGAGGAGUUUGAUGAUGAAGAUUUGUCUGAAAUCACAGAUGAUUGUGGCAUAGGACUGAACUACGACUCUGAUCCAUAUGAAAAGGACUGCUUAAUUUUGGAAAAGAAUGAUUUUCACCACCCAGUAUGCUCAUUCCAAGAUGACUUCCAAGAGUUUGAGAUGAUCGAUGAUGAUGAAGAUGAUGAGGAAGAAGAAGAGGAAGCAGAUCCUGAUGCCCCUCCCUCCCCAUCGGCAUCUCCUCCCCCCUCUCCUACUCUGGGCACCCUCAAGAGCCGCCCAACCACUCUAAACCUGACUGCACCAGUUUCACAGGACUCCCUGAACAACAACAGCAAUGUGUCACCACGAAAGUCAAGCUGGCAGGAUUCUCUUCGAAACCCGACUUCACAGGGCUGUUUGUCUCCAAACCACUCUUGCCUUGAGGACGGUUCCCACGUGACCACCUCAUGCCCAGGGGCUCCAGACACCACCAGCUCUGCCAAAGGUACACCCUCAAACCCACCAGGACAUUGUGGUCUCCAUCAGUCACCUGGCAGGCCGCUGCUGUAUGACUUUGAGGGCAACAGACGAGAGCGACCUGAAUACGGCUCCUUUGGUCAACACAACUUGUCAAGUGGCUCUGAGGCAACUGAGGUGAAACCUGAUGUUGAAGAAUCCACUCUAAGUGAGCUUCUCCCCUCGGUUGAUGACUGCACUUCUCAGUGCUCUGACACCGAGGUCGACCACGACCUGAAUGGCCAUGCCAAACGUCGACCUUGCCGCUCUCGACACACCAAUGACACUUACACCGUGACCACGGAGACUGCUGAUGACCCAGAGCUUGAAAACGAUGGCACCAGUAGGUGUCUGUCCUCAACUGCACCUCUUGGUAAUGAUGCUGAGACUCCACUAUCAGACGAGGAGCUGGACAAAGAGUUUGCCAUUGACUUCAUGAGUAAGGAUUCCUAUGAUCAAACCUGCAAGGACACUGGAGACUCUACUUAUGUUGAGUUCCCCUGCAUUGAACCAACAGAAUCCAUUUCUGUCUCCAGCUAUGUGUCAUCCAGUCGAUCAGACAUACUUGAUGCUAUGGAUGAACCUCGAAACAUACAUCAGGCCCAACCUGCUGCUGCAAAUGACACAACUUCCCCUUCUUCUGAUCCAGGUAUUGCUGAUAUGAAUGCCAAACGCUACACAGAGUCAGACCGCCACAGUGAUGACCUAAGCUCUCCUGGUUCGGACUCUGAUAUUGAAGGGGAACUUGAGGCUGCAUUUGCGUGUGGUCCACUUGCUAGUAACAUGAUUUCCUCCAUCUCAGAGACAGAGCUGGACCUAACAAGUGAAUCCAGCAGCGGGCGCUCCUCGCACCUCACCAAUUCCAUUGAAGAAGCCAGCUCCCCAACUUCAGACCAAGAAUUGGACCAGGAGCUGGACACAGAGCAUGACAGCGGUAUUGUGGGUCUAAAAGCAUCUCUUCUUCUGGGCCAACCUGACCCAAUUAAACAAGACCCUUCACCAGGCCUUGAUCCCAGCCCAGACAUGUUGCAACUAGAUGACGGCCAAGCUCUGAUGGGUCUGCAGAGUGUAGAUGACGAACAGGGUUAUGAGCACCAGGCUGAUCCAGACGAGACUCUUCCCCCUGCCGUGCCCUGUGAGGAUAGCAGCUCUCAGCAGUUGUUGUUGAAGAUUGAGCCCGACCACAGUCUUGAAAGUUUCAAACGCUCCUUCUACUUGCCUGUUGGCCCUAAACUCAUGCCCUCUGUGGACGACUACGAUGGUAACAGCGAGGGAGAGUCCGAGUCAGAGUCCGAGGACGAGCUCAGUGAAAACUCUGAUUCUCCUUGGCUUCUCAGCAAUCUGGUCAACAGGAUGAUUUCAGAAGGCUCCUACCCAAUCAGCUGCCCAGAGGAGUGCUUCAAACGCUCAGCCUCCAUCUCCGACACCAUCUCGCCUUCGUCGGACCUAGAAACAGAUGCUUUCAAUGAGACAGAUGGCUGCAAUUUGCAGAAACAGAAAUCUGAAGAAAAGUCACAAGAGGUGACCUCUGAAAAGUCAGAGAUGAGAGUGGAGGAAGAGAUGGAGAAAGAAGCCAGCUCUGUAUCUGAAGAGGGACAGAAGGAAAGCAAGAGAACAGACUCUUGUCUGUACAUGAGCAACCCUACAUAUGGCACCGUUACACCUGUCUUUACGGCGAGAUUCGAUACAAGGACAAAGAAUUACGAAUCAGAAGACUUCCCAUCCCAAAACUCAUUGAAAAACAAGCAGAAAGAGGAAGAGGAGGAGCCAAAUAAUGACUUAAUGAUGGAGAGAAUGAAAGAGCUGGACUCUCCCAGCUUAAGCGAGAGCAUAAUCAGUGACAAGGACGAGGGACGGGAGACACGGGUCGAUCAGCUCACUUUGCAGCAAAUCACAGAAGUCAAAAACAGCCUUACGCUGGACCUCCCAACAGCACAGACCAAUCACUGUUUCAGUCUUACGUACUCAACAGAUAAUGAUGAAGAUGAGCAAGAGACCUCCCCUUUUCUGGAUGAUCUUCACAAGGCACCUUCACCCUAUGGAACGGAGACUUACUUGGACAGCUCCCCACCUAUUGACGAAAGUGUACGAGAGUUGAGGAAUGCAACCUCCGACCGGCCCGUUGAUGACUCCUUGGCAUAUGAUUCGAUGAAGUACACCCUAGUGGUGGAUGAAAACACAACGCUUGAGCUGGUGAGUCUGAAGCGCUGUACCUCUGUUCUUAGUGAGGACAGUGAUGGACUCUCUACAAUCUGUGAUGAAGAAGGGGUUGAUGAAGAUGAAGACAUUUACGGGCAGAGCCAGAUGGUAGGAGGCAUGAGACCUGAUUUGCUGUUAAGUUCCUCUGAAGAAGAUUCCUCCCCUGAGGCAGAUUUGCCUUUCUCAAAGAAGUUCCUCAAUGUAUUUGUCAACAGCACGUCACGGUCCUCCAGCACAGAGUCUUUUGGGCUUUUCUCGUGCACUAUAAAUGGAGAAGAAAGAGAUCAGACUCACAGAGCAGUCUUCAGGUUCAUCCCACGACAUGCAGAUGAGCUGGAGUUAGAUGUUGAUGAUCCAUUAUUCGUUGAGGAAGAGGAGGAUGAUUAUUGGUACCGUGGGUAUAAUAUGCGCACAGGGGCCAGGGGGAUUUUCCCAGCGUACUACGCCCACGAGGUUGUUGGCCAAACAAAAGACCUGAUGACACUUGGUGAGUCAGCAUAUGUGAGUCUGUAUAUGUGUGUUUCCAUAGCAAUGAAGAGGAACCCUGCUUGGAUGGAAAGCUUCCGAGUGCAGUUCCUGGGUUCGGUGGAGGUUCCUUAUCACCAAGGCAACGGCAUCCUGUGUGCUGCCAUGCAAAAGAUCGCUAUGGCAAGGAAGAGGACAGUGCAUCUUCAUCCCCCGUCUAUUUGUGAGCUAGAAAUAAGCUUGCAGGGUGUGAAACUAGUCAUGAGUUUGGAUGAUGAGUACGACUUUUCAGGGGAGUUUGACAGAUGUAGUCACUUCUUCCAAAUGAAAAACAUCUCCUUCUGUGGAUGUCAUCCUAAAAACAACUGUUAUUUUGGUUUUAUCACCAAGCACCCGAUGCUGAACAGGUUUGCAUGUCACGUCUUCGUCUCUCAGGACUCCAUGAGACAUGUAGCCGAGUGUGUGGGACGGGCAUUCCAUGAGUACUACCAGGAGCACUUAGAAUACGCCUGUCCUACCGAAGACAUCUACCUUGAGUAGAGGAGGAAAAGGGUAACCAUGGCAACUGCUGUCCCUUAAGACAGAUGUCUGUUCCUGGGCUUGGCCACUACGAGGCGCCUGGCAGCCUUCUCAAAUGUAACAUAGGCCUCAUCUCUUUAUUCUCUUCCUCAGUUUCUCUUGUUCUCUCGACAUGAACUGAGCUGAAUACUCUACAUAGGCUCUUAGUGGUCUGUCUAUUUAUUUAAAUGUUUAUCGAUUAAUUUAUUCUCUUCAUUGAGAUGGAUUGCCUGUUUAUUUGACUUUUCUACUAUAUAAUUAGGGACAUGGUUUGGGGUGGAUACAUUGGUUUAAUUUCUUUUUUUAUAUAUAUAGUCCUGGUUUAGAAAAGGCAAAAUAUGACUUCACAUGUUUGAAUGCAUGGCUUUGAGGGUUAUGCUCACAAACACACAUACACACAGGAGAAAUCUAACAAUGUCUAAAAUCGAAAGGCAAUGAAAGGUUUGAGUCUGAAGACCAGGAUUGUUUGUAUAUAUGUAUUUGUCCGAUUCUGAUACAUUGCUGUACUGGGUUUGUACUAAAAAGAACAGGGCAGUAGGACGUGACCUGGAAACGUUGAUAGGUCUACAGAUUGUCUGUUCCAAUGUAGUAGAAAGUUUAAUGUACGUUUCUGAUAUUACCGCAAUGUAAAUACUGUACAAUUAGGGACGAUUGUAGGUGAAUACAGAUGCUUCAUUACAUCACGGUAUGCAAGUAUCCUGCGCCAUCUGUCUGCGAAUGAAAAAGUGGGACGGAUUGCAGGUAGGCAGGCUGGGUGAUGGAUCUAAAGAUGGUUUGGUGAAUGUUAAGUCAACAUAUUUGACCCCAAAAUCACAAUAACUAAUUAAGAAAUUGUAUUUUGCUUAAAGAAAAUUAAGCCAUUGUGAUUUCUGCCAUUGUGACAUUUUUUUUUUUCACAAUUUAACACCUACAAUUACUGUAAUGCAUCCAGAUGUUUUAGUGUUGACUUUGUUUAUAAUUUUCAUUAUUUUCACUGCCAUUUUGGCAUUUUUUCGUCUCAAUUUAACAGCUACCAUUACUAUAAUCCAUCCAGAUGUUUUAGUGUUGCGUUUGUUUAUAUUUUUAGUUAUUUUCAUUGCCAUUUUGGCAUUAUUUUCAAAUCAAUUUAACAGCUACCAUUACUGUAAACCAUCCAGAUGUUUUAGUGUUGAGUUUGUUUAUAAUUUUCAUUAUUUUUAUUGCCAUUUUGGCAUCUUUUCAUCAUAAUUGAACACCCACAAUUACAUUUAAUGCACAAUUAAUGCAUCCAGAUGUUUUAGUUUUAAGUUUAUUUUUAUUUUUUCAUUUUUAGUCAUUGAUUAUUCUUACUAACACAGCUAUAAAAAUCAUCCCAUCAAUAUUUGUAAUUAAAAUCAGCAUGCAAUUACGGCUGUGCUACAAAUAAUACCAUAAUGUAUAAAUAAUUUACAAUGAUUAUAUCAUUAAUAUAUUUAAUAAUAUAAUUAAUAUAUUAGUUAAUAUAUUAUUAAUUAAUAUAACUAUUAAUAUAUCAUAAUUUUCUUUUUUUUUUGUUUUGCUUUACAGUAAUGGAGUGUGUGGUAAGGGAAUGUGAUAAUUUCCAUGAAACAAUAAUACAAUUAUUCAUUUUCUUAAAGGUGCAAUGUGUAAAUUUUAGGAGGAUCUAUUGACAGAAAUGCAAUAUAAUAUACAUAACUAUGUUUUCAGUGGUGUAUAAAGACCUUACCGUUAUGUUUUUAUUACCUUAGAAUGAGCUAUUUCUAUCUACAUACACCACGGGUCCGGCUUAAGUUGCUUAAGUUGCCAUUUUGUGCCAGCAUGUUUCUACAGUAGCCCUAAACGGACAAACUGCUCUACAGAGCGCAUUUGCUUGACUAGCUAGCUACUCUCUGUUGUCUCAGACGAUGACAUCUUUGUCCUGUGUUGGCUACCGUAGCUUCUCUAUAUUUCAAUUCGCAACCUCACCACUAAAUGCUGCUAAAAUUUACACACUGCACCUUUAUUCAGAAUUUUAAAAAAUUAACAGUAGGCCUAUAUACAAAUUAUUAUUAUUGUUGUUAUUUUAUUUAAUUUUGGGGUGAAAUAUGACUCAGAUAUGUUUGACCGACUUUGUGCGAUUCACCCAGUUGGCUAUGCUACAGUCCUUUGGGCAUUCAGUCAAAUGAUAUCUCUCCAGCUUUCAAACCUGACAGCCCCUCUGCUUACCACUGUCUGCUGUCUUGUAUGAUUGUCAGGUUGGGCUGACGCUUUUAGCUUUUAAGCCUGAUAAAAUGCUUUGAACAUUAGCAGGUAGAUAUUUCAGUGAGAUGCAAUGCUUACUGAGCAAAAUGAGUAAAAAAAGACUGUCCCAGUUCAUUAGGUAACACAUUGAAUUCAGAAAUAUUUUACCAAUCAGCUUGACCAGAUAAUUUACAGCUCAGGACAAAUAUUGCUUCAUCUUAGGGUACGUUUACACGACAACGAUAUGCUGAAAACGGAGAAGUUUUUCCUUUGAAUUUUCCGCGUAUAGACGACACCGUUGUCAAAACGAUCCCCCUUCAUACGAAUCCAUGAAAAUGACUCAGAACGCUGUAUUCUGCUGGCAGGCCAUUGAUGAAACACUAUAGACUGAACAUGUAAUACGCAUGUGCAAGAUGUCAUCGUUUUCACAGAUUCGUGUUUUUGUUGUUUACACAAAGACCGUUUUCAAAAACUUGCACUUUGAAACCCGUUUUCAAAAGUUUGCGUUUUCAGGCAACCAAAACGGCGUUGUCGUGUAAAUGUUUUCCGCUUUUAGUUGAAAAUGGUGUCGUGUAAACAGCCCCUUAGACUGAUAAAGAAUAAAAUACCUUGGUGCAGUUCUGUCCAGUGGUGGUCCACUGCUAAAAUAUCAACAAUCUCAUUUAUGUAGAUGCCAUGUGGUUAUGUAACAAGCUCAGGACAGAAAACAAUCCUUCUCUUGCAUCUCUUUAUUUCUUUGAGUCAGUCGUAGAUGCAGUUGUUCAGCUCUCUGACUUCUAACUAGCCCUUGUCCUGACCUUGACCGACACUGCUGAGACUGAACAGAGCAGAUCCCCCUGCUGGCUUCAUACAAUAAUUACCUCAUUCAAUCUGAUGAAUACAAUCCAGGGCCAUGCAACAGUUCACAAUCAAAAUCAUGACUUGAAGACAUUCAGUUAAUAUUACAGGAAUAUUUUGCUGUGUAAUUUUCAUUAAAAAUGACUUGAUAGAUCCAGGAUAAAAUGUGUGGGACAUGGAUAGGUCAAAAUUUAGGAAUGACAGCAUAUUUACAUUUACAUCAGGCAGAUUUUCCAUCACAGCCUGUCAGGUAAUUUCCUGUAUUAUUACUCAGAAGCGGAGGGUUGUGUUCGGAAUAGAAUAUUGGCAUACUACAUACUGUGUAAGCCGCAUUAAAUUGCAUGUUUAAUUCAGGUAUUGAUGAUUUUGGAAAUAAAGUUAAGAUUUAUCAGUCUGUUAAAAUAAUAAAUCAAGAAGGAGAUAAAAAUCACAGCUGCUAUUUCAUGUUCAUUUGCCGCACUGCAUUGGGGGAUUUUUAGUAUCCUGUCCUUUGUGCUGUCUUGUAUGUAUAUUGCACAUUUUGGCAAAUGUAAGUCAUCUGAAUUUUCCAUAGAUACAGAUAAAGUGCACAUGCAAACAGUAUACAUGACUUAUACUAGUAUGAGUAGUAUGGUAGUAUGCUAUUUUGAACACAGCCCAACAUUCCCUGCAAACAUGACUGUAUCCUCCAGCAGCCUGCAAUCUGUUUCCAUGGAUACCCAUUUAUUUGUGACGGUGACACUGUCACGGAGAGUGUUUUAUGUUUUCGAUGUGACUUGUUUUUGGUUAGACUGCUGUAAAUAAUCUAGAGUCAGGAUCGCCAUGCUGUGUCCCUUCUGUUGAGUAUGUUAUUGAGAUAAAUAUGUAAAUUUAAAAGAAAUAAUAAUAAUAAUGUUGAUGAUAACAAUCUCACAACCAAAAGCCAACUGUGAGGGGGUGAAAAGAUAUAAAUAGAUUUGAAUUAGUAUUUGUAUCUUUCCUUUAUCUGCUUUACAUUGGUGUACAUCUGUUGUUGGAUGUGUGGUCACCAUGUGCGGAAUAACACGCAGUCGCUGAUGUUCUAACAGAUCCGCCGUGUCAAUUAGAUGUUCAGAUCCUAAUUCACAAAUACCCCAAAACUCCAUUCUCUGCACUUCAUCAUUGCAUUUAAUGGGUCAAAUCAGCAGUUUUGUCUCAUUUAUAAGCGCAAAUUUCAGUUAUUUCAGUCAGAGCUACCAAUCCUCAGUUAUGACUGUUACAUGACAUGUUGUGUGUUCAUACAGUAAAUAAAUAUCUUAAAUAUUUUAGCCUUCACUUUAGCAAUUUGUAGUGACAAAUUGGCUGUGAAACCCCUAACACAUUCAGGCAGAGCAUCUAAUAUUUCUACUUAAGCUUGGGUAGCUGAAAUACAAUUACAAGAAAUGCAAAGUUUUGGACUUAAACGUACAUAAUUCAGUCCUUCACUGUAUAACGGAAACAGCUUCAGUAUGACAAAACUAUGUAUCUUGUAUCUUUAAAAAUGACAACUUGUAAAAAAAACAAACAAAAAAAAAUCUCACUGCCUUGUCAUGGUUUUGGUCUUAUGAAUAAAAUACUAUAUGCUUGAUGUCA